AUCAUACUUUAUUCAAGAUGCAGAAAAUUCAUAAUCUUUCAAGGACAUAUAGUCAGGAAGUCAAAGAUAUUUGGGAUGAUAGUGACAUGGAAAUCAGCGAGGAGACUUGUGAGUGUAUACCUCAUAAGUCACUACAUCAUACUAAACAAUUCAACAAUACUCUGAAGAAUAAUAAAGGAAAAAUCAAGUUAGAGGAUCUCUCAGAUUUUGUAGGAGUAAAUGAAGGGUUUAAACAACAACCACUAGCUACUUACCCACCUGUGAGAUUAGUUGAUGGUGAAUUUGGAAUGAGCAAUGAUAAGAAAGAGAUGAAUAAAGACAUUUCAAACCCAACCAAGCUCAAGAGAUCCUUCAAGAGAGCAUCCUCUGAGCUCCAUAAAGGAGCUAAAAUAUUAUCAGACCUUAGAGGAGUUCCUUCAUUUGAACUUCUUAAGAAGAUCCAUUAAAUAUUUGAAAGUCCUUCAGCCU